AUGUACUUUAAGAAGCUCUAUGGUAUCAACUACCACACCCGACCCCCGAUAUCAAAUAACCAGCACUGGUUAAUAGAAAACGCAACCGAAACUGCCCCAGGCCAGUCAAACUGCAAGAGCAGGUCCAAGCUAAGAAAUCAUCACCAUCUUGUGAUUUUGAGCGAAUCUGAGAAAAUCGUCGGCCUUCAAUUAAAUGGCCUAUCAGUAGGGCUUGACUCUCCAAUAUCUCAGUAUAACAAGCUCUACCCCGAAACAAGCUUCUGGGCCUUGAUGUACCUGAUGUUAUCACAGGAUACCACUCACCUAGGUGGGCUAGGCGGUGCGGUGUUAGGCUCCAUGAUAACCUUCACCGUUACCAUCGUCAGAGGACUUCUGGGUCUCGUGUGUGCUGCCCUCAUCCUUAUUACAGUGGGCAGUGGCUACGUGCGACUCAUCAUCCUAAGUCUGUUUGGCCGUAAGGUCCCGCAGGCCAUGCCAUCUAGGGCUAGAGAAUGGCGUUCUGCGCCGACACCAAACUUGAACGGGAUGCAGCGGUGUCACUCCGCUCCAUCCUCCAGACCUCGGUGCUGUUUGCCCCCUCCUAGUUGCUGCUCAUACCCACGGGUGCUUUGGUUUUCUAGUAUAGUAACUGCUGGUGGCGUAUACUCUUUUGCGCCUGACAUGAGUAAGGCUAUGCAAGCUAAGCAACACCUCCGUAAUCUUAUUAACCGUGUACUCCCUAUCGAUAGCUACACGUCGGCCCGUCAACGCCAGCUUGAGAUGUUGCAGGGGGUAUCAUUUGAAAUGCCAACAAUAUUGUAG